CGCUCGACCCAGAGCCAAGUCAUCAAAGCACGUCCAUCUUCUUCCUGAAGACGCACGUUCUUCAGGUACGCGUCUCCUGGUGAUGGGAUUGCCAUGUUGAUGGCCCUUCGUCGAUGAUCGACAGCAGGGUCACUGACUUUUGAUCUUGCUACGUUUCUCGGGCGAUUGACUUUCUUCCCUGCUAAAGACACGUCACAUCUACACUUUUUUUCGAACUUUGGUAAUCGACUUCCGGAUUUGGGGUUGGUUCGGUGGUGGGUUCUAUUAGACAUUGGUUGUGUUUUGCAUGAUCUGUUGUAAUGAUAAUCUUGAACAUCAUCAUGUGGUCUGUCGUAACCACCAAUGCCGGCCUGAGCUUGGACAAGAAUGCUGUGAGAUUUCUCCGACAAGAUGGCGCUGAAAACAUUACAGUUUUCGAUGAGUAUGCCACGCCGGAGAUAUACUUGCAGUUAGCGUUAGAAGGCAUAAAUAUUAUAAUCGGGGACGGUGUGGUAAUAUGGAGAACGUGGAUCUUGUGGAAUCAAAGACGAUGGGUCCUUGUUGUGUCUUCAUUCUUGCUUCUGGGAACAGGUGUGACAGUCGCCAACGUGACAUAUGCAUUGAGCAUCUCCCCCGUACCACUGAAUAACCUGUUCGACGACCCAAGGCUAUCCACCUGGGGAAUCGCUGCUAUGACACUGACAACUAUGACCGAUCUCUUUGCCACAUCCUUGAUCGUCUAUCGUGCAUGGAUUCAUCACCGAUUACUUCGCUCGGCCGGCGGAUCUGUCAUAUCUCAGUUUUGCAAACAGAAUGGGAUUCUCGCACUCUUGAUUGAGUCUGGCGUGUUUUAUUGUGGCACAUGGCUUGCUACAAUCAUUAUUUUUGUCGCUACCAACUAUGGAAUAAAUCUUAUGUUGGAUGUCCUGUCCCAGCUUACGGCCAUCUAUCCUACUCUAAUUAUCAUCCUUGUCUCCCCGAGAUCCACGCUUGAUGUAGCCAUACAAAAUUUUGAGCAGACAUGCUGGCAGCCAUCCACCAUAAGCCCGAGACCUCUAGCAAUGCACACCGCACCAUUAAGCAUUGCAGUGGAGACGGCAGUGUAUGUCUCCAGUGAGAAUAUUGAGUCCUUCCCGGUCGAUAGCCUCAAAUCUCAGGAUAUAAAGGAUUCAACGACGCUAUGCUGAUUGAAUUUGCCCAUAUUCCGGAUUCAGCAUGCAAAACUUAGCAGAUAUAACAUCUCGAAUUAACCUUAUUCAAAUAUGCUUUGUACAUAGUACGAACUAUUGUGCCAGUAAUCGAAUCCAUCACUUCCUUACCAUGCAGCACGCGCAUUGUGACCAUUGGUAUCCUCCCCCGUAUCAACCUCCCAUUCUGUGCUGAGAAUUUACACUUACCGAUGUCAAGGAAUCAACUUCGCUGUUUGUUAACUGUAUUCAUCGUUGUCUCCUGCACUAUUGUCCUUGCCUCUUUUCCAACAACCCCCCAACAAAUCA